ACUAUUAGAUAAACUCCAAAUAUGAUCCACAACUGUCUCAUCAAAUUCUUGUGUGGAUUAAAGACCUCCUCAAUGAAGACAUCGAUACGAGUGGAGAGAAGGACUCGUUUUAUGAGACACUAAAGGACGGAACUGUACUCUGCCGACUAAUAAACGCCAUUCAGGCGAAUACCGUGAAGAAGAUAAACUCCAAAUAUGAUCCACAACUGUCUCAUCAAAUUCUUGUGUGGAUUAAAGACCUCCUCAAUGAAGACAUCGAUACGAGUGGAGAGAAGGACUCGUUUUACGAGACACUAAAGGACGGAACUGUACUCUGCCGACUAAUAAACGCCAUUCAGGCGAAUACCGUGAAGAAGGUGAACGCCUCGAAGAUGGCAUUCAAAUGCAUGGAAAACAUCCAAUUCUUCUUAGACGGCGCCCAGAAGUUAGGCGUUCCCUCCGAAGAGCUCUUCCAAACCAUCGACCUCUGGGAGCAACAGAAUCUGACGUCCGUUCAGAUAUGCCUGCAGUCGUUGGGCCGCAAGGCGUCCAAACACGGCGUCCACGGCAUCGGACCCAAGGAGUCGGAGGCCAACGUCAGGAACUUCAGCGACGAGCAGCUGAAGGCCGGACAGGGAGUGAUAGGCCUGCAGUACGGCUCCAAUAAGGGCGCCAAUCAAAGCGGUAUCAACUUUGGCAACACCCGACACAUGUGAACCAAACACACCAUUAGCUCUCAAAUUAUCCACAAUUAGAGACCAAUAUUUCAACGAAACUAAAAUCAAUCAAAACACACAUAAAAUUCAAUAAAAAACUUUUUUUUAUCAUUUAUUCCGCAAAUGAAUCGCUGCUUAAAUUGAGUUCACGUUUAAAUCGAUUAUAUAUUUUUAUUGUCAAUAAAAAACAAUUUACACUAAAUUUCUAC